CACAGGAGACUAACAGACUAACUGUGCAUGAGUGGAGUUUAUUGUUUAUUUAGUUUGACUGAUAUUUAACCAUGAGAGACCUUUAUUAUCUGUCCUGCGUGAUCCUGCUGUGCGGAGUUAACGGACGGGUUGUGAACUCCACGGAGGCUCCUCAGGUUCACGGUAACGUUAGUUCAACUCCUCCGGGGAUCAAACCCGGGUCACCGUCCGGUGUCCGUGGAGCGCGCAGGAGACGGUUCAUCAGUCAGGGGGACAUGGUGUCCAUCCUGGACUACCACAACCAGGUCAGAGCCAGAGUCUACCCACCUGCUGCUAACAUGGAGUACAUGGUGUGGGACUAUGAUCUGGCCAGGACAGCUGAAGCCUGGGCCGCCACGUGUCUGUGGGAACACGGACCGGCUUACCUUCUGCAGUUCUACGGACAGAACCUGUCUGUCAGAACCGGAGGGUAUCGGUCUAUCCUGCAGCUGGUCAAGCCUUGGUAUGAUGAAGUCAACGACUAUGUGUUCCCCUACCCUCGUUUCUGCAACCCCAGCUGCCCCCUGCUCUGCUACGGGCCCAUGUGUACACACUACACACAGAUGGUGUGGGCGUCCACCAACAGAGUGGGCUGUGCAGUGCAGACCUGCUACAACAUGUUUGUGUGGGGGGUUCUGUGGAAAGAAGCCACCUUCCUUGUCUGCAACUACUCCCCCAAGGGAAACUGGAUAGGAGAGGCUCCGUACAGAGUGGGGAUUCCUUGUUCAGCCUGUCCGUCCAGCUACGGAGGUUCAUGCAGCAACAAUAUGUGCUUUCCAGCCGUCCAGUCCAACUACAUGUACUGGUUCAAGUAAAGAGUAAGGGGGAAUGCUGGUUAUGGUUAUACUACCUGUAACUGGAUUAUAAAAUAUGGAAAUUACAUUUUUAAAGUAAUAGCAGCCAGAGCCUGUUAUAGGGAGUACAUUUAGUGAUUCUUUAUGUCCGGACAGAAAAUGUGUCAUAAUUCACACUUAUCAGAAAGUGCAACAUAUUUUAUGUUUCAAAGCCAUACUGUAUACACAUAUACAGUAUACAUGUUGAUGUAUGUAUGAUAAGCAGUAAUUGAAAGACAUGGUUUACAUUCUUACUAACCACUAUACACUACAAACUCAGUUUCCGGGUAUCAACAGUUAUCGUUACUGCAACAGUUUUUUGGGGGGGAGCUAUAGAGUGCUCCGGGGAUGACGUAUUUUUGUAGGCCAACCAGGAAGUUAGCAUCGCCACUGUUCCAUUGGCGUUCCAUUGGCGGAGGUAAUAAUAAUAAAUAUGUAUAACACCUUUCACACAAGAAAUGCUGCUCAAAGUGCUUAACAAUAAAGAUAUUACGUGUACUGAGUGCUUCAUGAAAACAUUUUAAAAAAGCACAGAAAAAAACAUUAUAAAAGAUAAAAUUAGUGACCUAAACAAUCUGCCAAACAGCAAACUGUGGGUUCCUCUCUACAUCAAAAUAAGCUCUGUGGUAAACACACAUUUAUCAUACUUAAAUGUUUUGUUCAGCAAGAUAAUCUCCACAAAUGAACACCACUUUUUGGAUUUUUGAUGCAAUCGGCAGAAGUAAAAAGCUAUUGUUAGGCUAUAAACGAACUACACCACAGUCACAUGAGCAUGAGUAUAUUUAGUCUAUUUUGUAUUUGUAGUCUCAUCUAGCCACUUGUUAGCAACUGCCUUUUUAAAAACACAUAAAAGCUU